GUUCGUGUCGGUACGACAGGUAUCCUAACCCCAAAAUCGUCACUUUUCAACACGUUAUAACUUUUUUUCUGUGGCAGAGCGACGAUUUUUACUUUUACAGUUGUGUUUUACGCAUCGAAAUACACAAUAUUGCUAAGUUACAGUCAGAUCGGUGAGGUUGCCCCUCUCCUUCAGUAUUACCUUAAUGUUUUCUUUAACCUAAAAAAAUACUCAAUUUUACGGAAAUAAAUUAUCGUUACGUGUAUGUUUCUCUAGUCAGUAUUAUUUAAUAUUGAUAAUAAUUAUUAAUAUUCUCGUUUUCUUUUACCCUUGCUCGUCGCUUUCGUUAUUGAAGAAAGGGAAGACGAAGGGCCGCUGCUGGUAUCAUGACGGAGGAGAAGUACGCAGUGAUGCACAUGCCGCAUCAUGAACAACAGAAAUUGUGUCAAACUAGAGCACUUUACAGGCAAGGAAAGAGAUUGACAGCAGUCAAGGUUUACACAAUUAAUGAUGAGUCACAGCAUUUGCUAAUAUGUGGAGUGCCACAGCUGCAGCUGGCGGAGGAAGUGAGAAAACUCCUUUGCUCCUACGGAGACGUAAAUACGAUUCAGUUGGUGACUGAAUAUCCCUCCGAGGAGUUUACAGUAGCGUAUCAUGUGCAUUACGCGCGUAUUCAAAGCGCGAGAAUAGCGAAGCGCUCGAUUGACAAUAAGAACUUUUUCGGCGGAAUUUUGCACGUCUGUUAUGCCCCCGAGUUGGAAACGCUCGAGGAGACGAGAACGAAACUUUGGCAACGUCGUAAGGACGUGGCGACGCAGAUAAAAAGAGUUCAACAGGAGUUGGUGAACCCAGAAGUGGAUAAAUUUAUUCCGAGAGAACAAUAUCAUAGAAAAAAGAGGACUCCUGCUUUACCCCUCACCGAGGAACGAAUCAGGCAUUGUUAUCCCGGAGAAACGUUGUCUUCUAUUUGCAAUGGAAUACCUCAGAACAUAGAUCCACGACCCGUGUCAGAGCCUCGUUUACCAAAUAAUUGGCAGAGGGAUCCUAGCAGCAGCACCGUAUCCAGUUUGGAAUCGUAUCCUGCGGCGCCGUAUCGCUCGACCGAGGCGGUGAUACAGGCGGGGACUCAGCGGGCGAAUAAAAAUCCAGAUUUGAACGCGCGGAAACGAAAAAAUUACAGGGGACACGGUACCACGGUAUACAACAAAGUUGUUCGGCCGCGAUUGAUAGACACCAGGAAUAUCGCGAGAUUAAAUUCUGCCGAAAAAACGAAUGUAUUUUCUAAUGUAAAGAAAGUAGAGAGCAGAAUCACAAUCAAGCUACUGGAAAGAUCUGACAGCGAGAGAAAGAAAAUAGUUAUAAAAAACCCAAAUGUAAGAUCCUUGGUACAAUCCAGCAAAGACCUACAAUCGUCGAUUCAGGCAGCGAAAGCUCAGAUUCGCACGGUAAUGCAGAAACACGAUACUUAAAUAAAUACCAAAA